CCCCACUUUCUGUUUGCCACAUCAUGAGUUUGACAGAACAUGUCAUCAGUUAACAUCUGAGUUCUCUGAUCCCUGACAUGAACAUCACAACCUCUGUGACCCGGGACCCCCUGAGCGUAGCCAUAGCCAAGAAUGUGAUUACUGUGGUCCUCUCCCUCGCCGUCAUCUGUGUCAACGGCACUCUGGUGCACACGUUCAGAAAGCAUCAGGUUUUCCACAUGAACUCUCGUUACAUCCUCUACAUCCAUCUGGUGAUCAACGACAUCAUCGUGUUAACGAUGACCGUCCUCCUUCAAGGCCUGAGUUACAUCCUGUUUACUCUUAAUGUGUCUUUUUGUAUCGUUAUGUUAAUGAUUGCCGUUUCUUCCGGCCUAAACAACCCUUUAACGCUGGCUGCCAUGGCUGUGGAGUGUUACCUGGCUGUAUGCUUCCCUCUCCGCCACCCUCAGAUCUGCACCGUGAAAAAGACCCACACUGUGAUCUCUGUGAUAUGGCUCCUGAGUUCUCUUACAGUCCUCCCAGAUCUGUUUGUASUCUUGGCCAUAAGACCUGCAGAAUAUUUUUAUUCCAGGGUUAUCUGCCWGUGGGKAAACAUCUUUACAGACCCACACCUGGAAAAGAAGAAAGAUGUGUCCAACAUUUUGUGUUUGGUUUUAGUUUGGCUCAUUCUUUUCUAUUCAUACUUUAGGAUUCUUUUCGCUGCACAAACAGCUUCUGCAAACGCCAAGAAAGCAAGAAACACAGUCCUGCUGCACGGUUUCCAGCUGCUGCUCUGUAUGCUGAGUUACGUUUUUAACAUCAUGAUCCAAGGCCUCACAAAUCUGUUCCCAGCAGASGCUCGAGCCAUUCGCUACGUGCUGACUGUGCUGAUUCAGAUACUGCCGAGACUCAUCAGCCCAAUGGUUUAUGGGAUACGAGACAAGAUGUUCAGGAAACAUCUGAAACAAUGUUUGUUCCCCACGAGAGUCACAAACAUUCAUCCUGAGAAAAUAUAGGCAGAUAUGAGUAAAUCAGCAUGACUUCAGUGAAAUGUGAUUUUUUUGAUGCGAUCAUUUUUAGCUGUUUUAUAAAGGUGUGAUAAAAACCGCCCUAUUACUGAAGCAUGCUAUAUGAGCAUCAUCAAAUGAGCGAAGAUCACUUUAUCAGACCUUGUUCAGUUCACUUGUUUUUGUUGACGUCUUUAUGAUUACCUGCCUGCCCACUCUCCACCUGGAGUCCCAGUUCAGCAGUAACAUGUACUCUCUCCUCUUAUAAUCUUUUCUCUCCAGUCCUGUCUGUUGCGAUAAAAAGAUAAAAUGAUUGCUUAUUUUUAUUUGUCUCCUGUUUCUGUGCUCAGGAACCUUAUUUUAAUCCUAAAAUAACCUUAAGUUUUGAAACAAUACGGGAAAUAAUUCUUGAAUCAGCAGGGUGAGGUCUUCAGUCUGUUCUUUGAUUCAGAUUCAACGGUUCUUUGCUGCUGCAGCGUUAAAUUUGUGAUUAUUUAGAGGUAAACAGUGCAAUAUUCAUAAACAUUAAUACAUACAACAUAGAACAUGAUGCGAACCAUCUCUGA